AUGGCGAUGGCGCCGCUCCCGCCGGCGGCCGUAGCGGCCCGUUGCGGAGGUGGCGGCGGCGACGGCUGCGGCAGUGGCGGCGGCGGCUCUUCGACGGCGCCGUCGAUGCAGGUCCCGAACUUCUUGUCGAUCCAGCUCUCGACGUCGUAGCGGCCGAGGCCGAAGACCCUCCCGCCGGCGCACAGACGCCCCGCCAUCCCCGCCGCCACUGCCAGCACGGCGAUCACCGCUAG